AUGCAAUUGACCCAGCGUCUGAUCAGCGCCAACAGCGAUCAUGGAGAAUUUCAAUCAGCGACCGCAAACAACAAAGUCCUCAUGUCAACAUCGUUCACAACCGACUAUACCCUCACGGUGCCGUCGGCACAAUGUACCGCGAAUUACGUGCUCACCAAUUACUGGGGAAGUGUCCUCAUCUUCGGGACCGCUCUAUUGGUACUGCCGAGCUACAUUUCGACACUAAUGUGUUUCAUGUCGAAAAAUACUCUCGGUUUCUCCAUCCUCGUGUGCUUCCUCGUUUUCUACCUCGUGAUGGUGAUUUGGUCUUUCGCGCUCACUCACUCGACAGCUCCGCCAAGCAUACCGGAGCGUUAUUAUUUCACUAAAGAGGAGAAUGCCUUCGUUCAAGACUACGAAAAAACCACCGAAGUAGAAACUCGUCAAUCAAUGCAUGAACGAUUGAGCGAUAUGGCGAGGCGACGAGGCAUUCGCACAUGUGCUAGAGACGGGAGCGUGAACUACUGCAUAACUUGUAAAAUUAUCAAGCCCGAAAGAACCCACCACUGCAGCAUCUGUCAGCAAUGCGUCCUCCGCAUGGAUCACCACUGCCCCUUUUUCGGCAACUGCAUCCACUUCGAGAACGCCAAGUUUUUCUUACUGACGCUGUUCUAUGGAUGUCUCGGAGCGAUAUACGUCCUCGUGACGGGGGUCGCUUGCUUAUCCAUGAGGUCCUCGAUGCCCGAAUGCAGCAAUCGUUCCUUCUUCUGGUUCGGUGCAAUGACUCUCUACUGCGGGCUCCUGGCGAUUCUCGUCAGUCUUUUCUUCGCCUUUUCGAUGAAAAACGCGAUGCACAACCAGACCACCUUGGAGUCGAUGUCAGACAUCGUGUUCAUCGACGGCAAGCCGCAUUCGUACGAUUUGGGUUCGGUGCGCAGUAACUUGAAACAGAUCUUUGGACCUAUCUCCGUACUCUGGCUGGUUCCGGUCCAUACCACCCCCGGGGAUGGCACGGAUUUCCCUCUACGAGAUGACUUGACUUCGAUCGAGUUCACAUGA